CUCUCUGUAGAACGCAUAGCGGCGGCAGUCCUCACCUCCUUUCAGCGCAUAUGGAGUUCUUUUUGCAGAAUGAAGAACAGGGGUUUCCCCUGUUUAUGGAUCGAUACCUCCGAUCAUGAUUACAUUCGUACGUCUCUGUCGUGUUUCGCUUUACGUCGAUAUUUACUGUUUGCUUACUCGUGAUUCGGACAGAGACCAACUCGUCACACUAACGAACCGGACUCCACACCGAAGUGUCCGCAUCGUUGGUAUCACUCCCGACCAUGGGUUGUUGCGUACUGUGCCGAUGGGCUGUGGAGAGUUCAUUGAUUUACAGCCUGAUGGGAAUAGCCUUGAUAUGAUGAAGGGGUUGAUAUCGACGAAGGGGUAGGUAGGAACGACGAGCAUGCGGAACUAUUAUGAAAUCAUUAAUCAAUCACAUUACACUGGCAUACAAAAGACGCCCACCUCAUUCAACACACUAAGAUCAAUC